AUGAAAGAACAAAGUUUAAUCACUUGCUUGGAAAUAGUUGAUUCGAGAUUGGUGAAUUUGAGCAUUAAUAAAAAAAAAUCAUCAUCGGUCUACACAAUAGAUUCACAUGCAAUAUUGCUUUUGAUAAAAGGAUCAAUUCUAAAUCAACUUGGCAAAUAUACAGAAGCUUAUCACUGUUUCAAUUGGAUAUUUGAUCAUAAUGAUAAAAUUGAUGAAGAAAAAUACAUUUUGCCAUUUACAUACUGGGAAUGGGGAGUUGGGUUAUAUUUGAAGGGUAAAUAUGAUAAAGCAAGGUUGGCUUGGGAAGAAGCAUUAGAGUUCAAUGGAUAUGAAUUUGAAUUUAGGCUUGCAACGUGA